AUGGGCAGUGACCCGCGGAUUCUGGCAGGAGGCCAGCGCGGAACGGGUGUAAGGCGUCACGACGGUGUGGACGGGGUAGAUUCGUCCGAUUCGGCAAGCGGAGCAGACGGCGCGGAAGAAGCAGACGGUGCGGAAGAAGCAGCCGGCGCGGAAGAAGCAGACGGCGCGGAAGAAGCGGACGGCGCGGAAGGAGCAGACGGCGCGGGAGAAGCAGACGGCGCGGAAGAAGCAGACGGCGCAGAAGAAGCAGACGGCGCGGAAGAAGCAGACGGCGCCAUCCCAAUGGCGCGGGAUGGUGAGAGGGAGGAAGUGGCGGAAGAAGGGCGCGACGGAGAGAGCAAGGAGGCGGGAGGAAAUUGCUCGCCGGUAAGGAUGCGCGGAGGCGGCGCGAAGCAUCACGGGAACAUGACGACAGGUUGUUCGCCGGAAGACAUGCGCAGGGGAAGCGUGAGGCGCUGCGGGAGCACGGAUGCAAACGGAUUGGCAGACGAAGGGCGUGAGGAGGGCGCGAGGCACCGCGGGGGCGCGAAUGCAGACGGAUUGGCAGACGAAGGGCGCGGGGGCGCGGAUGCAGAUGGUACGGUGGACGAAAUAGGUGGAAACAGCGUGAGGCACUGCGGAGGCAAGGAUGCAGGUCGCUCGGCAGACGAAAUGCGAGGUGGCAGCGCAAGGCGCCGCGGGAGAGCGGAUGCAGACAGCUCGCCAGAACGGAUGCGCGGGAGUGGCGCCAAGGGAACAUGGCGGCAGAUCGUUCGCCAGAGGAGGUGCGCGAGGGAGAUGCGAGGCGCCGCGGAACCGCAGCGGCAGGUCGCUCGCCGGACGAUCUUCGGGAGGACAGCAGGAAAAACCAUGCGCCAACGGGACGGUACAGCUCGCCUGAGCUGCGAGGACGUGGGAGGAGACGCGUGGCGAUGGCCGCGCGGCGAUCGCCAGAGGUGCGGAGGGAGCAGUAUGAGCGAGGGAGACUGGCAGGUCAACGGGGGCCUGCUGUUUGGGGGAGAGAGAGACAGAGAGAGAGAGGUGAGGAGCAACGUGGGCGACGGGAGAGUAAGCCAGAGGAAAAACGGGGUAGACGAGCAGGUCCGGACGGGGAGCGAGAGGAUUGUGAGGAAAGAGAUGGGUGGUGCUCACCAGAGAGAGGAGGGGGGCGUGAGGAGGGACGCAUCAGGGAAGGUGCACGACGAUCGCUGGGCGCAACAAGGGCAGAAGAAAGGGGGAGAGGGAACCGACGGCGGCGGGAAGAUGUGGAGCGAGAAAGGCGGUAUCAGGAGCACUCGCAUGAUGGGAAGGAAAGGCGGUGGGACGGAGCAGAGAAGCAGAGAGAGCGAGGAAGGGUCCGAGCACAAGGGGCCCGAGGGGGCGAUGGCAAUCAGGAGGAGGAUCCGAAGGAGCCAGAGCGGCCAGAGAGGGGACAGAACGGGCACUGUAUGGGGCAAGCUCGGGCAGCAGGGGAACAAGGAAAAGGGUGGGGGCAGGGACAUACGAAGGGAGCUAGUGAGUAAGGUGGGGGCAUGGGCGUGUAUGUCAGUAACACCAGCAGCAGCGGGAGCAGAGGAGCAGGACGAGCAGGCGGGGGCAGGAGCGUGCGUACCAGCAGCAGCGGGAGCGGAGGAGCGGGAUGAGCAGGCGGGGUCAGAAGCGUGCGUACCAGCAGCAGCGGGAGCGGAGGAGCGGGAUGAGCAGGCGGGGUCAGAAGCGUGCGUACCAGCAGCAGCGGGAGCGGAGGAGCGGGAUGAGCAGGCGGGGUCAGAAGCGUGCGUACCAGCAGCAGCGGGAGCGGAGGAGCGGGAUGAGCAGGCGGGGUCAGAAGCGUGCGUACCAGCAGCAGCGGGAGCGGAGGAGCGGGAUGAGCAGGCGGGGUCAGAAGCGUGCGUACCAGCAGCAGCGGGAGCGGAGGAGCGGGAUGAGCAGGCGGGGUCAGAAGCGUGCGUACCAGCAGCAGCGGGAGCGAAGGAGCGGGAUGAGCAGGCGGGGUCAGAAGCGUGCGUACCAGCAGCAGCAGGAGCGAAGGAGCGGGAUGAGCAGGCGGGGGCAGAAGCGUGCGUACCAGCAGCAGCAGGAGCGAAGGAGCGGGAUGAGCAGGCGGGGGCAGAAGCGUGCGUACCAGCAGCAGCAGGAGCGAAGGAGCGGGAUGAGCAGGCGGGGGCAGAAGCGUGCGUACCAGCAGCAGCAGGAGCGAAGGAGCGGGAUGAGCAGGCGGGGGCAGAAGCGUGCGCACCAGCAGCAGCAGGAGCGAAGGAGCGGGAUGAGCAGGUGGGGGCAGAAGCGUGCGCACCAGCAGCAGCAGGAGCGAAGGAGCGGGAUGAGCAGGUGGGGGCAGAAGCGUGCGCACCAGCAGCAGCAGGAGCAAAGGAGCGGGAUGAGCAGGUGGGGGCAGAAGCGUGCGUGCCAGCAGCAGCGGGAGCGGAGGAGCGGGACGAGAAGGUGGGGGCAGAAGCGUGUGCAUUAGCAGCGGCGGAAGCGGGAGGGAAGAACGAGAAGGUGGGGGCAUGGUCGGGUGUACCAGUGGCAGCAGAAGCGGAAGGGAGGGAAGGGAAGGUGGGGGCACAGGCGGGCAUGACAGCAGUAGCGGAAGCGGAAAGCGGGGCAGUGAAGGUGGGGGCACAGGCGUGCAUGACAGCAGUAGCGGAAGUGGAAAGCGGGGCAGUGAGGGUGGGGGCACAGGCGGGCAUGACAGCAGUAGAGGAAGCGGACAGCGGGGCAGUGAAGGUGGGGGCACAGGCGGGCAUGACAGCAGUAGCGGAAGCGGAAAGCGGGGCAGUGAAGGUGGGGGCACAGGCGUGCAUGACAGCAGUAGCAGAAGCGGAAAGCGGGGCAGUGAAGGCGUGUGCAGUAGCAGCAGCAGAAGAGGAAGGGAAAGAAGCGAGGUUGGGGGCACAGGCGUGUGCAGUAGCAGCAGCAGAAGAGGAAGGGAAAGACGAGAAGUUGGGGGGCACAGGCGUGUGUAGUAGCAGCAGCAGAAGAGGAAGGGAAGGAGAGAAGUUGGGGCACAGGCGUGUGCAGCGGCAGCAGCAGAAGCGGAAAGGAAGGAAGAGACGUUGGGGACACAGGCGUGUGCAGCAGCAGCAGCAGAAAAGGAAGGGAAAGAAGAGAAUUUGGAGACACAGGCGUGUGGAGCAGCGGCAGGAGAAGAGGAAGGGAAGGAAGAGAAAGUAG